AUUGCUGAAGUGAGAUUAGGAAGAGAAGAUGAACAAUUCCCUGGAUUAUCUAGCUUACCCUGUUAUUGUGUCUAAUCAUAGACAGACCACAGCCUUCAGGAAGAAACUGGACUUUGGACACUACAUAUUUCACAAGAAUAGAAUACAAAUAGUGAAGCCAGCGGUGGACACCAAGCCUCCAAUGGCGCACACGCAUCACAUUCUAAAACUGAGCAAGCUGCAGGGUGAACAAAGGAGAAUCGACAAAAUUGAAUAUGAAAAUAAGCAACUGUGUCAGAAAAUCGCAAAUGCCCAUCGUGGCCCAGCUAAGGUGGAUUGCUGGAAUGAGUAUUUUACCAAAAGCUUAAACAGAGAAGUAAGGAACCGGGAGCUAUUGAGAAUCACUGUGGAAAACCAAGGUAUUCUGAAGAGGCUUGGUGAUCGAAAACCCCACUAUGAUCGCAGGUCAUCUGAGCUGGACUGGCAGAAUUCAAGGCGCUACAUCAGGAAUACAACAAGGUAUCUUCUCUCCGGAGACCAAUAGGUCACUCACCAUGGAAAAAGACGCAAGAAGACCUAGGAUUGCUUAGCUGCUUAGAAUUUCAAGACACGCCUAAGUGGCUGAAUGCUCUGUCUUAGUGUAUACCAAUAAAGCUUGGGACA